AUGCCACCCCUGCUCGAUUCAACCCCUGCUCUGAUCAAAUUCAUCUAUCAACUUCUAGGUGUGGCUCAAUUCACUUUCACCACCUCACCAACGGAAUUUUUGAAAAUCAGGUCACGCCUUUGGUGCUUCGUUUCCUACGCCUUUUUUAUCUACCUUUGUGUCUCUUAUAACCUUAGUGUACACCCAAGUAGUGAAGUUUUCACCUACCUCGACUUGUUGGUGAACUGUGGCAACAUCACCUACAUGAUCGUCUUUACCACAAUCUUCUACAAAAGAAGCAACAAGUUAGAGACUUUGUUAAACCAAAUCCAGAGAAUUGAACUAGAUGUGCCUUUGUCUAUCCGAACGAAGCAAACUUGGAUACGGAUGAUUCUUCUGACUACGGUUUCAGCAAUGUUGAUUUGUUUCCCUUUUCGAGAACUCCCGUUCUAUUCAGUGAUCUACUUCAUCUACCCCUGCAUCGUCAACUGCUUUGAUAAUCUCUUUAUCAACGACGUUUUCAGCUGCAUUUGUGACAAAUUCAAAACUAUCAAUCUCCAGUUGGAACGCAUCAACUCGGUUGAUUUGCUCCGAAUCUUCCCCUUGACGAAAAUUGAUAAAAUUCACGUUUUGGAGAAGGAAGAGACCGACUAUAAUAUCCAAGUGAUUGAACAAUUAUCACACUAUCACUAUAAUCUGGUCAUGUUGACUAGUGAAACGUUGAAAGAGUUUGAAGUUACGAUUCUAGUGGCGAUGGUUCAGUGGUUUUUGAACAUGAUCGACGGCAACUACACUCUGAUAUAUUUGAUCAAAGACAACAAGAUAGGGUCAGUGAGGUUCACCAGUAAUGUCACUUACGUCGCUUUUUUAAUGAGUUGGUUGUAUGCAAUCAUUGCGAAAAUGAACGAAACGAGAGAAGUAGCCGCACGAGGAGGUAGUUUUAUCCACGAUGUAUGGAACAGAUAUAGUUUCAAAGGAAUAAUUGAUAAGAGAAUUCGUCAUUUGGAAUUGUUUUCGAUUCGAAUGUUGUGUACUCGGGUUGACUGCAACGUGAAGGGUUUUUUUAGUUUGGACUUUACUUUCUUUCAUCUGAUGGUAGCUGCUGUGACUACAUACAUGGUGAUACUGCUCCAAUUUGGAAUGUAA